UCUUCCGGGUUCGUUCAUCAUGACGUCAAACUUCCUCUUCCAAGAUGGCGGCAGCUAUGGACGUUGAUACACCGAGCGGCACCAACAGCGGCGCUAGUAAGAAACGGUUUGAAGUAAAAAAGUGGAACGCUGUGGCCCUGUGGGCGUGGGACAUCGUGGUGGACAACUGUGCCAUCUGUAGGAACCACAUCAUGGAUCUCUGCAUAGAGUGCCAGGCCAACCAAGCGUCUGCCACCUCUGAAGAGUGCACCGUAGCCUGGGGAGUCUGCAACCACGCCUUCCACUUCCACUGUAUUUCCCGUUGGUUGAAAACCAGACAGGUGUGUCCCUUGGACAACAGAGAGUGGGAGUUCCAGAAAUAUGGACACUAGCUGUGUUAUUGUUGUUGGCUUCUCCAACUAUCGCCCUGACCCCCCCCGUCAAUACUAGUCAUUAUUUUACACCCAUGUCUUUCUGUUGUAAGUAUACAAAUAAACAGUGAUGUUGAAAAACAAA